AUGUCGGGUGGUAUACUCAAAACUUCUGGCACGAAGAUUGUCGACACCGAGGGCAAUGCCGUUCUUCUUCGCGGCACGGCCCUCGGCGGCUGGAUGCUGAUGGAAAACUUCAUGAAUGGGUUUCCAGGACGAGAACAUCAGAUUCGAAACGCGCUUCUUAAGGUUUUGGGCAAAGAAAAGUACGAGUUCUUCUUCGAUAAGUUCCUUGAGUAUUUCUUUACCGAGAAAGAUGCCGAGUUUCUGGCGUCAAUUGGUUUCAACUGUGUCCGACUAUCAUUCAACUAUCAUCAUUUCGAAGAUGAUAUGAACCCAUUCGUAAUUAAGGAAGAGGGCUUCAAGCACCUCGAUCGAGUUAUCGAAAUCUGCACAAAAUACAAGAUUUACACUAUUCUAGACCUACACGCCGCCCCAGGAGGUCAGAACCAAGAUUGGCACUCCGAUAACCCUACCGGUUAUGCCGCAUUCUGGGACCAUAAACACUUUCAAGACAGAGUUGUCAAUCUUUGGCAGGUCAUCGCCAAACGCUACCGCGGCAAUCCAUGGAUUGCGGGAUACAAUCCUCUGAAUGAACCUGCCGAUGUAGAAUGGACUCGAUUACUAUCAUUCUACGACAGAAUAGAGGCGGCCAUCAGAGAGAUUGACUCUGAGCACAUAUUAUUCCUAGAAGGAAACACAUUCAGCAUGGACUUCUCAGGUUUUGAGAAAGUGUUCCCUAAUUCGGUAUAUGCCGUCCACGACUAUUGUGGUUUUGGAUUUCCCAACAGGAUCGGUAGAUACCAAGGUCUGAAGGAGCAGGAUGCAUACAUUCGAAAGAUGUAUGAUCGUAAAGUAGAGUUUAUGAAGAAGCAUGAUAUUCCUGUCUGGAAUGGAGAAUUUGGUCCAAUAUACGAAAAGGAGGAAUAUAAUCCAGAUUGGAAAGUUCAAAAUGACGAACGAUACGAUAUGUUGGACAAACAGCUUGCAAUCUACACGUCAGAAGAAAUUGGGCCGAUGCUGCACAAGAAGAGACAGAUGGCUGUGGACAGCUGGGCUUAUGAUGAUGCGCACCUCCAAGAAGGCCUGUUCGGGCCGCUCCACAAAUGGUUUGAGGACAAUAUCCAGCCGCCCUACAAUAAGAAGUAUCCAUGGCAGUGGCGGAUGCACAUGCAUGUAUUCCGCGGUAUUCGAGGUAUCACACUCGCAGAAUAUAUGAUCCCAGAAUGGGCCGACUACUUCAAGGGAAAGAGCUUUGAGGAGCUAGACGAGCUUGCGGCGAGCUGGAAAUACGAAAACUGCCUCCAAAGAGAGAGGCUUAACCAGGUCCUUGGCCUUUAUGCCCCAAUGAAAGCAGAUGACAAACGACUUCAAGGCAACGUUAUCCCGUCGGAAGCUGACCAUGCGACGACCGAGGAGGCGACGACUGGAGUAGGCGUCUUCGAGCUAGCCCCUGAUGAGAAGAAAGCAAGGGAAAAUGUUGAGUACUUACACCAUGCCGGUGGCGAACAAGCAAGUAAUGCUGUUGAUGGGCUCCACGUCAAAUACUUUGAUAAAGCCCCGGCAGCCGUCUAG